AAUGGCUAUCCUGAGUGAUGCUGUGAGCAACGAUUGAACUACAACUGUUUAACCAACACUUGAAGUAUUUCAUAGGAUAUUUGAACCUUAUUUUAAGCCAAGUGGGCUUUAUGCGGAUCGUACUCACACACUUUUACUUCCGUCCUAAAGGACUUCAUGAUUUGCGGGGACAUCUGAUCCACAGCUGGCUGCUUGGUAACAGGAAAGUAACUUUUGUGGGCAGUUAGCUUCAUGAACGCGGAAAUCCGUAGUGUUUGAUAGCCUAACACGUACUUUGAUAACCCUCAAUAUGAUUUCACAAACUUUUUUCAAAGACAUGGCUCCUGACCUUACAAGUGGGAUUUUGGCAGUAGUCCUGUUAUCAAGUACUUUGUUUGUCGUGGAAACAUAUUUCAGUUUAUCAGAGGUCGUCUUCAGUGUGAGUGCCAGUGUUUUUGAAAGUGGACAUGUGCACAGGCUCUUCACAUACCCCUUCCACCACAGGAGUUUCAUCCAGCUACUUCUGAGCAUCACAGCUUUCAUGCUCCUCUGCAGCAGUUUUGAGAAAGGUGUUGGCACCAUCCGCUUCCUGUUCUUGUUCCUGCUGCUGUCGACCACCACAGGCGUGUGGUAUGCCUUUCUGGAUCUCCUGCAGGAGGACAUCUCACCAAGCCACGUCGAGGGCUUGGUCCCCAUAUCCCUCGCUUUUGUGGCUGUGACCACUGUGCACACAAGAAUGGCCAAAGGCUUCUUCUUUGGAGUCAGUGUCCCCACCAUGGCUCUCCCGUGGCUGUUUCUCAUAAUCACAACCAUGCUUGUCCCCAACAGUGUGCUCCUGUGUAAUGUCAUUGCCAUACUGGUAGGAUGGAUGUAUGGGAAGGGAUGGUUCUCCUGCCUGGACGUGUCAGAGGCCAGGGCUUCUGUUGUGGAGAAGAUGAUGCCUUUCAGGUUGUUGAGGAGCAUCAGCGGUGCUCUGUACAUCCCUGCCUCCACAGAAGAACGGAGGAAGACGCUUCUUCCAGAGAUCAGUCCAACUCCUGGGUCCUACCCAGUCCAAGCCUAUGCUCCAUUGGACAGUGUCAGUAUUACUGAGACUGCAUCCACGACAUAUGAAGGCUGGCCCAACUCCACUCAUGCCCCGUCCGAUCCCAUCCCACCUCCACAGACUCAUGGACAUGGCUCAGCACACAGCUUUUGGCCAGGUCAUGGACACGGUCCAGAACAUGGCUCUGAGCAUAGCUGCAACCACGGCCACGGGCACGGCCACAGCCAUGGCCACGGUCACAGCCACGGCCACGGUCACAGCCACAGCCACGGACACAGUCAUAGUCAUGCUUAGCUUUAGUUGUCGUCUUUUGUUUGCUUUGCACUGGAGUUGGAAUUAAUUAUACUGUGUGGUCAAAAGGUUACUAUGCAUUCAGUGUCUUAUUUUCAUGAGAAAACCAGUAACUAGUCAAUAACUAGUUCCUGCUUUUGUAAAAUGAGGCUGAAAAUUUCCAUGAUGCUUGAUUACUAGUCUCUGGAAUUUAUUAAAUUACUUGUUUUUGCAUAAAUUUUAUCACCUCUUACAUUUGUGUUUGACGAUUAGCUCAUGGUCACCCACAGGAUCUUCAUGUCUGAAAUGCUUGUGCACAUUGUCAAGCUUAUUUUUAGGCAGUUUAUUUUUUAUUUAUUUAUUUUUUGGAGGGUUAUUUUUUUAAAUUAUGUUCCCAGCCUUUUUUAUUCAGUGAUAUUGCCAGGACUGAAUGAGUGUUGACUAGUCAAGUGAUUUUGUUUGUUUUUAUGUGUUUUUCAAUAUGUUGUUUUUGUCAUUUGUGCUUUCUAUUUUUUAUAAAUAAACGUACAUGUAUAAAAUGACAAAUUUUACCAGAAAAAAAAUGAAUUACUUAAAAAGUGUGAUUGAAGAAAUAUGGACAGUUUCAAUUUCUAUUAAAUUUUACUUUACAGCUUCGAUGUGACAAAUUGCCACAAUUCUCUAGAUAAAGAUAACAAAAUAAGAUGUAAUUUAGUGCAGACCCCCCAAAAUUGUUUUUACUAAGUCUUAUUAGUUAAUUUUGCAAACAAUAAUACAUUCACAAUUUAAACUCGUAUUUUAAACCAUGUACCUCUUAAAUUUAACAUGUUCUUAUGUGACACUGUUGCUUCUACACUUUCUCAUCAUA